GGCGGCGGAGGAGGGGAGAGCCGGCGAGAGGAGGGAGCAGGCGGAGGAGACACAUGCGCGCUGCCGCCGCCGCCGCCGCAGUCCUCAGCUUCCCGGGGACAGGAAACCUUCAAGACUGAGCUGCCACUGCCGCCUCCCGGCCCGCGCCCUAUUCCGCACGCUUGCUCGCAGCCUCCUCCUGCACUCCCGGCGUCUUUUCCGGGGAGUACGGCAGGGACUCAGCCCCAACUACCGUCUCCCUGCCGCGGAAAGCUGUGACCCCCCCGCAGGAGCGGCGGGGAGGGGUGGGGGGCCCGGGAGAAGAUGGCGACGCCGGGAAACGAACCCCAACCUUUCGUCCCUGCUCUCUCCGUGGCUACUCUGCAUCCACAUCAUCAUCCCCACCACCACCACCAGCACCACGGAGGAACCGGAGCCAGCGGCGGGACCGGUGGCGGCGGUGGCGGCAGCGGGGGCUUCAACCUGCCCUUGAACCGGGGUCUGGAGCGCGCGCUGGAGGAGGCGGCCAACUCCGGGGGCUUGAACCUCAGCGCCAGGAAACUGAAGGAAUUUCCCAGGACCGCGGUCCCCGGUCAUGACCUCUCGGACACGGUGCAGGCAGAUUUAUCUAAAAACAGACUGGUCGAAGUUCCAAUGGAAUUGUGCCAUUUUGUAUCACUGGAAAUUCUUAAUCUGUAUCACAAUUGUAUCAGAGUCAUUCCUGAGGCCAUCAUUAAUCUGCAGAUGCUGACAUACUUAAAUUUGAGUCGAAAUCAGCUGUCUGCCCUGCCUGCCUGCCUGUGUGGUCUGCCUCUCAAAGUCUUAAUCGCAAGUAACAACAAACUUGGAUCACUACCAGAAGAGAUAGGUCAGCUCAAACAGUUAAUGGAGUUGGAUGUGAGCUGCAACGAGAUCACAGCCCUGCCCCCACAGAUAGGCCAGCUCAAGUCUCUCCGGGAGCUGAACGUCAGGAGGAAUUACCUGAAGGUUUUGCCACCAGAACUUGUAGAUCUUCCUUUGGUAAAAUUUGACUUUUCCUGCAACAAAGUGCUGGUGAUUCCCAUCUGUUUUAGAGAGAUGAAGCAGCUGCAAGUGUUGCUGCUUGAGAAUAAUCCCCUGCAGUCUCCGCCAGCCCAGAUUUGCACAAAGGGCAAAGUGCACAUUUUUAAGUAUCUGAGCAUACAAGCGUGCCAGAUUAAGACGACAGACUCCCUGUAUCUCCACACCAUGGAGAGACCUCACUUGCACCAGCAUGUUGAAGACAGCAAGAAGGAUUCUGAUUCAGGAGUUGGAAGCGAUAAUGGAGAUAAGCGAUUAUCAGCUACUGAGCCUUCUGAUGAAGACACGGUUAGCCUCAAUGUGCCAAUGUCAAAUAUCAUGGAGGAAGACCAGAUCAUCAAGGAGGACCCGUGCCAGCGCCUUAGCCCCGAUAAAGGGGAAUUUCAUCAGGAAUUUCCACCAGAGCCUUCCCUUUUGGGGGACAACAACAACUCAGGAAAACAAAGAGACCAGUUUGCUGAUGGGGCCGAUGUUCUUCAUUCGGGUUUUAUGAACUAUAUUAAGGACCGGGCAGAAGACUGUGAAGAGCUGUUACGGAUAGAAGAGGAUGCACACUGGCAGACAGAGGGAAUAAUAAGUUCAUCCAAAGAUCAGGAUGUGGAUAUAGCGAUGAUUGAGCAGCUGAGAGAAGCAGUAGAUUUGCUGCAAGAUCCCAAUGGAUUGAGUGCAGAUAUCACAGAAAGAAGUGUUUUAAAUCUAUACCCUAUGGGAUCAGCAGAAGCCUUAGAACUACCAGAUUCAGCACUUAAUGGUCAAAUGCAGCUGGAGACAUCUCCAGUGUGUGAGGUGCAACAUGAUCUGACAUUACAGAGUAACGGGAGCCAGUAUUCUCCAAAUGAGAUGAGAGAGAACUCUGCCCCCGUCUCUCCUACCACAAACAGCACAGCUCCGUUUGGCCUGAAGCCUCGAUCAGACCCAGCCCUCAUUCUCCCUCCUAUCUCCUUCAACAAACUUACACAGGCACAAACAUGGGACAACUCUAGCUACAGUGUUCCUUCUGAAGGAGACAGUGACAAUGUGUUUCUAAGACCUCAGAGAAAUUUGGAAUCUAUAGACCCACAGUUUACAAUUCGGAGGAAAAUGGAACAGAUGAGAGAAGAAAAAGAACUGGUGGAGCAACUCCGUGAGAGCAUCGAGAUGCGGCUCAAGGUCACUCUGCACGAAGACCUGGGGGCGGCGCUCAUGGAUGGUGUGGUGCUCUGCCACCUGGUCAAUCACAUUCGCCCACGGUCUGUCGCGAGCAUCCAUGUCCCCUCCCCAGCAGUUCCCAAACUUAGCAUGGCCAAAUGCAGAAGAAAUGUGGAAAACUUUUUGGAAGCAUGCCGAAAACUGGGAGUACCAGAGGCUGACCUCUGCUCUCCGUAUGACAUCCUGCAGUUGGAUUUUCGUCACAUUCGAAAGACUGUUGACACUCUGCUGGCACUCGGGGAGAAACCCCCACAACCAACUUCUGCCCUCCGCUCCAGGGACCUUAUAGGCUUCUGUCUUGUCCAUGUUCUCUUUAUAGUGCUGGUCUAUAUCACUUACUGCUGGAAUGCUCUAUCCGCAUAACGUCUGCAUGUGCCUCCAAAUGCUCUACUCUGGCCCCUGAUCCAUUCCAGGCUCCUUCCUCCAUUUGAGCCUUUGUCUUGCAAACUUCCAUCCUUGCCAUCUCUCCAGUAAUCUCUCGAGUUUUGAAGCUGAACAUUUGCAAAUCAGAUUUUUCCAGAAGCACAAACUCUGUAGAAUGCAGUUCCCAUUCAGUAAUUUCUCUCACUUACUGAAAAUCAACAGGGACAGCAAAGCGUGUCCAUACCUCAUGCUCCCCCAUCCACAUGGUGACAGCAGCGGUGAGCUCCUGCUGUGCUGGACAGGGGGUAGAGGGCUCCGGGACAGGAACAGAUGGGGUUUACCAUGUGGAAGUCUUGCCAUUUAACUCCAGUCCUAAUUCCAGGAUUGGGCAAUUGAAACUGUAGAGGGGUCACCUUGCAAAAGAGACAGAAAACCAACAUUUUGGCCGAAUUUGUUCUAUAAAAAUCUUGAAUAAUACCAUUGUUGACCAAGCUGAAAACUACCAUCUGGAGGAUAACUGCUUUGCUGGCCAUUCAGUUGGAUUCCUCCCUGUUUCCUGCAAAGGGGGAUGUGAGUGGCCUUGCGGAGGGCUGGUGCCAACUUGGACCCUCAGCAAGCCCUCUGCCCAGGCAGCCAUGCUCUAAGGAAGCCCCUUCCUGAUAUGGCGCCACGUGGAGGAUUCGUUUACACACCAGUUUUACUUGCUCUUUGUUAGGUCCGCUCUGAAGUUCUAAGAAAAGCAUUUUGCAGAAGGGAUUUCUAUUUUUGAACAAUGUCAUGGAUCAUUUUGCUUUUUUGCCACAUCACAUUUCAGGUCCAGAAUGUGAUGGAUUUGACUAUUUUCAAAUAAAGCCAUGAGUCAUGGAACAUUCUUGGUCCUGGGGCUUGGGUGACUGUGGCAGGAAACAAUAAUAAGAUUGCUCUUAUUUUAGAAGAAUGUAGUUUCUCUAAUUGUUUGGAAUUGCCAUUUAACCUUUAAUUUCCAGUGAUAUUAUCUAGCACACUUUUAUUUUUAAUUUAAUUUAAAGGACUACAUAUCAACUAUCUUGGCUUUUAAAGCAACAUGGCGAGUUUGUAAUUAAAAGAAAAAAAAAAAAAAAAAAAACUGGUUGACUUUUAUCUAGGCCAGGAUGUUCCUGGAUUCUGUGAUGUCUCUUUAGAAAAUGAGAAGGCCCUGCUCCAGGCCAAGCUGUUUUCCUCUAUGCUUCAUUUUACGUCCUUUUUGCCAAAUGCUAUUUCUUGGAUCGAAAAGAUAAUAGAUAAAUUACUAAGAUGUAGGCAGAAGAUGAUCUUAUUUUUCUGAACAUUUUCAUGAAUCCAGGGAAGUUGAGAUUAUGAGAAAAGCCACAGAGUGAAAAGAAUAUAUUUAUAAAGAUUCCUUGCUGCUAAAUCAGAUCAGAUUUUUUUUAAACAGGAAACAUUCUUUACAUGACAAUAUCUUGAGUUACCUGAGAUUUCCCCUCCUGACUUUGUGUUGAUUGGUGAAAUACAGGGUAUGUGCAAGUUAUCGAACCUCAGUUGUGUCUCUAUAACUCACAGAUGUACUGACUUGCCUUUUGGUGCUAUCGUGUACUCUUCGAUCUGUCACAAUAAAAUCCCAUUGUACAAUGUCUGAUGAGCACCCUGAGCCAUAAAUUGCUUAAUAAAUACAUUUUGGGUGAUAAUUCCAAGUUUUUAUUGGCCAACUGUUAAGUUUCUCACGUACACCCAGAGUAGGUCUCUGUGUUUCCAUCCAGCUUGCUUCCCUUUAACACUCACCACUGUUUGGUUCUCUCUCUUCUUUAUGGGAGGAAAAGGGGAGAAGAGAAAACUUACGGGGUUGUCACCUGAAAACAAAUUUACUAUCAAUAAAAACUAAGGAGAACAAUUCCUCACAGUUAGAUUUUUUUUUUUAGUGUUGAAUUGGCAUAGUUCUCUAGCUACAUUUGUGUUUCAAUCCUGACAUCCAAAGGAUUCUUUGGGUGCACUUUUGUUUUUUAUGUCAUUAAUUUAUCCAUACCCUACCACACGACCCUUCUUGGAAUUUGUUGGAUGAUGCUUUUCCAUUAAGUAGUACAAUAGCUAACAGAAUUAAUUCAACCCUAUAAGCAAAAGUUUGAGUGAACUUCCUUUCCCAUUGCCAAGCCAUUAAUUUCUAUUUGGGUUACCUGGGAAUCUACUGGGGAUGCCUGGCUGACCUCCCUAGAGCCUGAGGAGGUGGUUGGGGAUUCAUCUGUGUGAUUUAGUGUCUAAAUCUCCAUCUUCUCACAAGAAACACUGUUUUCCUUCUAAUAGAUGAUAUCGAGAGGCAGCUAUUUAUUCACAUUUUCUUUUUGAAAUGGCCAUUUGUAUUCUCUGUCUCCAAUUCGUCCUAUCAGUAGCAACUCUCCAGCCAGAGUCAGGAUUUCCAAAAUUUGUGACAACUAACAAUUUCUAAUAGUUCCUUUUGCUCAUGGACUUCUGGUUUGUAUGCACUUAUUUUCCCACUCAGGAAAUGAAGGAACCCUAUUAAACCACUGACUAAGACAUUUGAGUAGGAUUUUAUCUCUGAAAAUAGAUAAGUAAAGGCACUUGCUCUCCCAAGGCUAUUUGUUUGUUUAAAAAAAAAUUAAAUUUAGUGUGUGGUGGC